UCUCAUAAAUCUUCAUCUGGUUCAAAGCGCAGCGGGGAGAGACGCGCGACGAAAAUCGGUCAAACCUGGAAGAACUUUCCAGCAGGUGGUCGUGGACUAGAACGCGUAAUUUGGCCUUCUCCAACUCCGUAACAAAAUCGUCGAAGCAUUCGCUUUGACUGUUUUCCCUCAAAACAGCGGAUCGUCCAAAUUUUCUCAAGUCGUAGUCUCGAAACUUUGAAGAGACGCCCCCAGCAGCAAGAUGGCGCCCAGGCUCGUAAAGGAGUUGCGGUCGUUUUGGAAGUCUAUCGUCUUCUUUCUCACACCCGUAAUUCUGUGUCCACUCCCGAUCUACUUCGCCUCAACAGAGCACAGCAAGAUUGCAGCCUGUGCCUAUGCUGUGAUCAUCAUGGCGGUGUACUGGACCACAGAAGUUCUACCGUUAGCCGUCACAGCCCUUCUUCCCAUCAUUCUGUUUCCCAUGCUGGGGGUCCAGCCAUCAAAGGACGUCUGCAUCAACUACUUAAGGGACAACAAUUUCCUGUUUGUUGGAGGGCUGCUGGUUGCUGUGGCCAUAGAACGGUGGAACCUCCAUAAGAGGAUAGCACUGAGGGUGCUUCUGACUGUGGGUUCAGAGCCAAGAUGGUUGAUGUUAGGAAUGAUGUCAGCCACAGCGUUCCUGUCCAUGUUGAUCAGCAACACCGCAACAACUGCCAUGAUGGUCCCCAUCGCACAGGCCAUCCUCUCAGAACUACUGAAAGAAACAGGAAGGGAUGAAGAGAGGAAUAUUCUGUCUUCUGAUGAAAAAACAGAAAAGUAUGAGGAUGCACGGACAAUUCAACUCAAGGAAAUACACAUGGAAGAAGGUGACAAUGACUUUGUUGAAGAUGACACAACAGUAGUACCAGAGGAACAGGGCUUGCUUCAUCAUUUACAAGUGCGGGCAUUAGGCAAGGGGGACAAGAUAGGCAAGGGUCUGUUGUUGUGUAUCUGUUACGCUGCCAACAUCGGAGGCACCGCUACCCUGACUGGUACUGGCCCUAACCUGGUCAUCACACAGGCUGUGGACACACUGUUCCCCGGGGGUCCAGGGAUUGACUUUGUGACGUGGUUCACCUUCGGCUUCCCCUGCAUGGUCCUGGCUCUUAUACUGGCCUGGAUCUGGCUACAGUGCAUGUUUCUGGACUGCAGGUGCCUGCUGGGAUGCAUCAAACAGAGAGGGUGUAAGGGACGGUGUAAACGAGACCGCGACAACGCUGCCUACAGGGUCAUCAGGAAACAGUACGACGAGCUGGGACCUGUAUCGUUUGCAGAGAAAGUUGUACUGUUCCACUUCGUCCUGUUGGUGCUCCUGUGGUUUUUCCGGGACAUGAAGUUUGUGAAACUGCAGAAUAAGCGGGCUGCUGGGUGGACCUACUUCUUUCAGAAGGGCUACAUGACAGAUGCAGCCACAGGUAUCAUGGUUGCCAUUGUGCUGUUCUUCUGGCCAUCCCAACCUCCCAACUUCAUGUGCUGCAGAAGGAGGACAGAUACACGCCCAGCCAAGCCGGCCCCACCCAUCCUAGACUGGGCCACAGUACACCAGAAGAUGCCUUGGAGUGUCGUCAUCCUCCUUGGAGGAGGGUUCGCACUUGCAGAUGGAGUCAAGGCUUCAGGUCUCUCUGAUUGGAUGGGACAGGGCUUCCGAACGUUUGCGGGGUUUCCCGUUGUCGCCUUAGCACUCAUCAUUUCCAUCAUCGUGGCCUUCAUAACAGAGUUCACCAGCAACACCUCUACUGCUGCCAUCUUCCUACCCAUCCUGGGAAAACUGGUAUCAGGCCUGUCUAUCUGGCUGAGUGAUGCCUUUACUAGUCUAGCUGGAGUCCCCCCUGCUGUCAUUGCACUGCUCAUCUCCGUCAUAGUGGCCUUCAUAACCGAGUUCACCAGUAACGUUUCCACUGCCUCCAUCUUUCUCCCCAUCAUAGGUAAAAUGGCUGAGGGGAUCUGUGUCCACCCCUAUUACCUGAUGAUACCAGCCACCAUCGCCUGCUCUUUUGCCUUCAUGUUGCCGGUGGCAACCCCGCCCAACGCUAUUGUUUUCUCAUACGGACGCAUCAAAGUGCUCGACAUGGUGAAGUGUGGUUUCAUGUUAAACCUGGGCUGUAUCCUGGUGCUGACGUUUGCCAUCAACACAUACGGGAUCCCCCUGUAUGGCCUGGGCACCUUCCCGUCCUGGGCCACCUGUGCAGCCAGCUCUGCAACCCAACUUCCCGCUAACAUCACUAGUACUGUACUCCCUGCCAAUCUUACUCUGGGAUAGAGAUGAUCCAGACAGGCGCUCAGCACAACGGCAGAAUGUAUGGCACCUGCGCAAAACCCUGAUUUUUCACGGUUUUUGUUGGAUGUUUUAUCAAUGUUGCAUCAAAA